AUGCUCAGGUAUAAAGAUGAAGAGGCGUUUAGUGAGCGUGGGACAUAAUUCCCCCCACAUGAAUUUAUGACAGCUUUAAUUUCAGGACUCUUAAUCUGAAGAGUCCUCUAAAACCCCGAGGGAGACCACGUCAGAUCGUGGCCUUCAUUAGUCCUCCUCCUCCUCUUCAGGCUGAUGGAGGAAAACCAGACCCCUCCUGUCCCCCCCCCCCCGACACGUGGACCAUGAGGACGUCCAUGUGUGUGGAGCACCUGAGAGGACGUGUGUCCUCCAACUUCAGAGCUGGUCUUCAUCAGACCGGGUUACAUAAACCUGGACAGACCAGAGUGAGUCCAGGUCCAGGUCCAGGUCCAGAUGUCUUCAUCAGAGUCCUCAUGAGGCCCUGUUUCUUCUUCUUCUGUGGUGUGUCUAACACUCUGUGACCAUUAUCAUUAGAGGCGACCAAACAGUGUUGAAAACAGCCGUUUCCUGUGUCCCUUCAAAAUAAAACUCACAUAUAAACGAUCCCAGACGUGGUAGUUCUUCUGCCUUAGCAUCUCAGUCCGAUUGCAUUUCCAUGAAGAAAUGAUCAUAAAUGUUCUUCCUUGAGCUGCGGCACCUUGAAGCAGCAAUGGACUUGCCCAGCGGUCUCGCUACAAACAAGUGGCUGCUGGAAGAGAGUAGGUGAGUUGUGUUUAGUCUCUUUGCUAAAGAAAUUAGUCAAAGUUAAAAAGAUGUUUGGUGGCUAGUACUAUGGCUGGGACCCUAUUUGUCCUGUUGAUGAAGUUGGGUGCUGCUCUGAGCAUUAUUUGUGGCUAUAGAGUGGCGUUUUGGUUGAGCGCAUAGAGACAUAGACCGCUGUGUAUUGCUAUUGUGUGAUGAUAUUGUUUGAAUUUUAAGUAUUUAGUUGAAGGGCGAUGAACCCUUUCCUUUUAAGUGUGCAGGUGCCUGAGUGGAUCCAAAGUGUCCCUGGAAAACCCGAGCAGAGCAGCUCCUGCAGCAGGUUUCACCUUAAUGAUGUUUAACGUGUUUAUUUAAUGCGAUUUGAAAUUAAAGAUGUGUGUGUGUGUCUCCUCUGCUCUCCAGCUGCACCCAUGGAGAUUUUCCUGACUUCAAACUGGAUUCUGGACCCGAACGUCUCUUCACUUAAUCAGCGCUGGCUCCGGAUCUCCUGCCGGGUCCAGAUCGGCCCCGCAGGGUCCAGAACCCUGAUCGCUCUAACAGACCCUGAACCAGAGCCAGAGGAGGAGCUGAUGGACUGA